UGGAAAGAGAUUCAGUGAGAGUGGACACCUUCAAAUGCAUCAACGAACCCACACAGGGGAGAAACCAUUUGUUUGCUCACAGUGUGGAAAGAGAUUCAAUAAAAAUGACUCUUUGCAAAAACAUCAACGAACCCACACAGGGGAGAGACCAUUCGAAUGCUCAGAGUGUGGAAAGAGAUUCAGUGAGAGUAGCAGUAUAGGAAAACAUUUAAGAAUCCACACUGGGGAGAAACCUUAUGAAUGCUCACAGUGUGGAAAGAGAUUCAAUCAAAGUGUCUCUUUGCAAAAACAUCUAAGAACCCACACAGGGGAGAAACCAUUUGAAUGCUUAGAGUGUGGAAAAAGAUUCAGUGAGAGUGGCCAUCUUGCAAAACAUCUAAGAAUCCACACUGGGGAGAAACCUUUUGUAUGUUCAGAAUGUGGAAAGAGAUUCAGUGAGAGUGGUCACCUUUACACCCACCAAAGAAUCCAUACAGGAGAGAAACCUUUUGAGUGCUCAGUGUGUAGUAAGAAAUUCAGUCAAAGCAACCAUCUUCAAAUGCAUCAAAGAACCCACACAGGGGAGAAACCUUUUGCAUGCUCAGUGUGUGGAAAAAGAUUCAGUGAGAGUGGAAGUCUUCACAGGCAUCGAAGAACCCACACAGGAGAGAAACCUUUUGAAUGCUCAAUGUGUAGAAAGAAAUUCAGUCAAAGCAAUCAUCUUCAAAUGCAUCAAAGAACUCACACAGGGGAGAAACCUUUUGCAUGCUCAGAGUGUGGAAAGAGAUUCAGUGAGAGUGGACAUCUUCAAAGGCAUCAAAGAACCCACACAGGGGAGAAACCUUUUGAAUGCUCAGUGUGUAGAAAGAAAUUCAGUCAAAGCAAUCAUCUUCAAAUCCAUCAAAGAACUCACACGAGGGAACUGCGUUAGAAGCAGUCGGCUUUGGAUUUGGUCGAAAUAUGAAAGGUUUAUAGCAAAUGUAACUCCAUUAUUGUUCUCCCCCAAUUGAAGCUUUUACUAGAAAAGAGGUAAAUAUGCAAGAAAAAUUGCCUCCUAACAAAGAAUUGCUGUACCUCCAAGAUGACAAAUGUGAACCUAUGUACGAUUAUAACAUAUAGUUAAAAAUUGGUUUCAUUGCUAUCAACUUCUAGAAAUGUUUAAAGUUGAUUACAAAAAUGCAGGCUUUUCCACUCAAAAGAUAGAUUUGGAUAUAAUUUAUGAACAAAUGAUGAUAAACUGAUGACUAAAAUGUAUAAGGUGUUACUGAAUUGAGACACAGAAGACAAGGUAGUUAAGUUUGAAAUGAUUAAAUGGGCCAGAAAUUUUGGUAGAAACAUACAGGUGGAACAGUGGGAGUAACUGGAGGAAAGAUCUAAAGUUCACAGCAUGUUAUAAUUUGAAGGAAAAUAAUUACAAAAUAAUAUAUAGAUGGUAUUUGAUGCCAAAAAAAUUGUCAAUGAUGUAUAAAGGUAUGUCUAACAAAUGCUGUGCCGACAACAAGAGAGGUCUUUCAUAUGUAGUGGGUGUGUAAGGAAGCUACACUUUUUUUGUAACGAUAUUAAAAGAAAUACGAAAGAUUCUGAAGACAGCAUUUUUGGGGGGGAAAACCCUAAGGCUUUUUUUUUUUGGUUAGGACUCAUGGGAGAUGAUAUUCCUAAUCAAUACAGAUCACUUUUUAUGUAUAUGAGUACUGCAGCAAGGAUUCUAUAGGCACAAAAAUUGAGAUACGAACAAAGGAGGACCAGAUUUUGAAAGUCACAGAAUAUGCAGAAAUGGCAAAACUGACAUCUCAUAAGGGACAAUAAUAUGGGAAACUUUUUAGAAAACUGAAAUUUUAUUUGGAAUAUCUUUUGAAAACCUAUUCAAACAAAAAAACAAGAGCAGGAUUUGAAACCUAAAAGAAAACAGCAGAAAUGCAUUAGAAUAUUAGAAAAACAAAAAAACUGAUCUAUUUUUUUAAUUAUAUGCAUGAAUUUAAAUUUUCAAUUAAAGGUGAAACAGCUGGGAGUUAUUGUAGGAUGCAUACUGGGUUGUAUUUUAGUAUGAAUUUUUUUUCUUUUUGUUGUUUCUGAUGUUGCUUGCAUGUGUCUGUUUUAUGUGAGAAAAAAAUUAAAAAUUAUCAUUUUAAAAAAGUAA